AUGGAGAUAACACUUCUGACGACGUCGCAAUAUGUUGACGAUCGGUACAAAGAGCUCAAGAGAAAGCGACCCGACGAGAAGGAACUGGACGCGGUUGUCGAGGACACAAGUGCCGCCGCCGCUGCUCUCAAUGGACUGCCUCCGGCAGCGCGUCGAUUCGACGCGUUGCAUAUGUCGGCAGAAACGACGGCGGUGUUUGGAUCUUCCGAAAUGAUGGAAAAGCGCAAGCUCACGGGUGUUCUCUACGAUCUUGAAAUGAUGUGGCCCAUGACUCUGUUGGACAAGAAGCUCACGCUGGUGUACACGAUCUUGAACCAAAUGGCCGCGACGGAAACCACGACACGCGAUCCGUCGGCAACUGCAGUCGACGAAAAGAAGUACAUGGCAGCGACAUCGACGACGACGCUGGAAUCUCUUCCUUUGGCGACGCAACUCGCGGUCAAGUUAUUCUUUCGAUUGAUUCAGUCGAUUCGAACUCGAAGCGAGGCGACUGGCAAUUACGCUAUGCUGUUGCGCUUGGUGCAUCAACUCCCUCGAAUGCUCACGGACAUCCCGCCGUUGGCACUGUCGCCGGAACAGCGUUUGUUGACAGAUGACAAAUCCAUCUUUGACGAAAUCGUUACGACGGUGCAGCAAGUUGUGGCCGUAUCCAAGGACGACCAAGAAGCUGUACUGGCGACUUUAUUGGGGCUCAGCAUCAAGCGGGGGCGGCUGCUUCAUAUUUUGGGCGUCGUUCGACUCUUGAUGCAGGCUGACCCUGCUCUACCCAUGCAUCUUGCCCUCCCGUUUCUACAAGAACUAGCCGAUGCCAAGGCGCAAGAAACUGAGCAUGUUCCAGACGAAGGGCUCCAUAACGGCUACGUCAUGAGCUUUGGCAAAGGCGACCAUGGCAAACUUGGCCAUGGCACAUGCACCCACACGACGUGCGCCGACAGCAAGUGCACGGAAAACAAAACCGUACCCACGAUGCUCGACGCCAUUCGCGAUGUGAUGUUCAAGAAGAUCGACUCGUUGUCAACGCAUUCCGUCGCGAUCACGGUCACAGGAGAGCUGUACACGUGGGGAAAUGGGGAGAAGUUUCGUUUGGGGCAUGGGGAUGCAACAAAAGAGUACACUCCACGACUCGUGGAAGCGUUCUCCGAUAAGCCGAGAGUCAAGGACGUGGCGUGUGGCCUCGGUCACACGGUGGUUCUUUUGGUGACGGGCGACGUGUACGCAUGGGGAAAUGGUGGAAAUGGUCGGCUUGGACUCGGAGACACCGUUGAUCAAAGCGCCCCGAUGAAAGUGUCGUUUGUGGAGGCCAAAACCGAUACUUGGAGCAUGGGAGCUGUCUUUUGCGGUGCAAGCCACACGCUGGCCAUCACGACGCAAGGUCGCUUGUACACUUGGGGCAAGAACAACCAAGGACAAUGCGGUCAUGGCCACACCAACGACCAACUGACUCCGGCGGAAGUGCUCUAUUUUGAUGAGAUGGAACUUAAAGUAGCCACUGUGGCAGGCGGCUGGGAGCACACUCUGAUCUGUACGACUGGAGGUCAAGCGUUUGCGUGCGGUUGCGGGUACAAGGACAGCAGGCGCGCUGGGUUACCGCCUGUACUGGGAGUUGGCAUGAACGAUACAGACCGACGCGUGAAACCCGCCUUGAUUCCAGUGCUCGAAAACUGUGUGGGUGUGGCUUGUGGUUGGGACCACUCCCUUGCAGUGACGGGAGAUGGCAGCGUGUACUCGUGGGGCAGCGGCAGCAAUGGCAAGCUAGGCCACGGAGACGAAGACAACCGGGAUAUUCCUACGAAGAUUCAAGGACUCCACGGGAAAGUGAUCCAAGACGUCAAGGCCGGGUGCGAACACACCACGGCCAUUACAAGCACCGGAGAGAUGUACACGUGGGGCCAUAGCGACAGCGGUCGCCUGGGCCACGGCGACAAUGUCACACGCAAAACGCCGUGCUUUGUCGAAUCGUUUGCGUGGCAAGGGUACCGACCUGUCGCGAUCGCCGUUGGUGACAAGUACAACUUGGUCUUGGUUCAGCCCGUGGCCGAGAAAGCAGCAAACACCAACAAUCAAGUUGCAAUCACCAAACCGCCGGUGACCCCAAGGACAGGACACGUGUACCCUUCGCUAGACGAGUCGAUGCCACUCAACGCAUCGUCGGUGACAUCCCAUAUGAUGGUGCAGUUGGAUCGGCUCGCGAGUGCAUACAUGCCUCAAGACAACGCACAAUUACUGGACAAACUGCGCCAGUUGUACUUGCAUCCGACGGCAUCGGUGCCUACGAUGGCGUAUGCCAUUGACGUCUCGAAUGAAACUUUUCAAACGUUGGUGGAGAUUGUGUCGUCGACGAUAGCAAAGCCCGACCCCAUCGACACCGCUGCAAAGUCCUUGAAGCAAACGUCAAAGGUCUCGACGCAGACAAGCUUGAUCUUGACAUCCCUUCGCUUGAUCCAAGUCAACUUGUUCCACCUGUUGUCUUGCUCGUCAACGCAACUUUCGCCGCUGGUCCUGCAGAACUUGUACGCCAUGCUGCGGGAGCUCGCCACGCUGCCAGCAUCAGAGGAUACACACGAGAUUAGCCAGUGCGCUGCCGACGCGCUCAAAAUUGGCUUUCAAUUGUUUUAUCCAACGGGGGUCGAGCAACACGAGUUGUUGUGGCGGCUCAUGCACAUGACGCACUCUUCCGACUUGAUACUUUUGCGCGCUCUCGUCGAUCGCUUGCGCCAAGACUACGUCGUCGUAGAGCUGAUGUCACGGCUGUUUUCAAAGCAGCACAAGUGCGCUCUCGACACCCCACCGAACGAGUAUUCGUGGGACAAGGACAACUUGACGUCGUUGGAUCUGCUGGCGCUCAUGACGCGGCUCCUAAAGCAAUGCGCUGAAGUCGACAAUGAAAACCCACGCUUGCAAUUGCAACUCAAGAUGCUGGCCGUGCUCCAGUCGCACCUGUUUUCCGCGUGGAGCUCGUCUUACUGCACCACGUGCAUCUCGAACACGCUUGGACCGUAUCUCGAGUGCUUGUUUGGCGAAGCCUUGAGCUUGCUGCGCAAGGUUCACAAGGGGCUGCUCAAAGGCAACGACCUGAGCAAACUCCAACCGUCGUUUUUCCACGUCCUCGUUCCGCUAGCGAUUGAAUGCAUCGAAGUCACUCAUCUCCGGUCGAAUAUCAAGGUCGGGAAGGCGCUCUUGCCGCUGCUCUUGCCCAUACUCAAGCUACUCGACGAAGUUACGUACAAAAUUUCGGAAGACUCGAAAGUGAACAACCAGAUACUUCCCGACAUUGAGUGGAUCACCGAGCUGGAAAAUGUGUGCGCCCGGACCGUCGGGCGGUAUGUGUGUGUAUUCCUCGCAUCGUCGGCUGCCACAGCCGAGUCGGCGGCUACACCAAGCUGCCUUCAAUACCUGUGCCGCCACGGUACGAUGAAGAGUGAUCCGCAUGAAGAGCUGCUUCGAAAGUGGGAAGCCAGUCAUGUUUACGACGUCGCGCAUGAAACGCAGCCCCCCGACCACGUACCAAGCGACGUCACGUUGGUAGACCACCUGGCAAUCCUGGAUUGGGUCCAAGGUCAAGGCGUAUUACAUGAUUUUCACAACUACAUGCUAUGCCACUUGGAACCCACACCAGCCACGACGGAAGUAAUUCCACUAGUGAUUGUCGUGUGGCACACCGGGCUGUUGCCAUCAAUCUUUGCAUGUAUUGCCGCAAUCGGGACCGUCAACUUACGAGAGAGCUCCGCCAACCAUCCACCGCCACCUGAAGCUUUGUUGCAUGUGUGGAAAUGGGUGUUGACAUACUGCGCCGGGCUGGACACUGCCCCAUGGGAAUGCAUUCGAUCUCAGGGCAUGGUUCUUUUGGAGUACUAUCCGUCCAAGUGCCUCUUCUCCUCGGACCAUUCACCCACCAUGUAG